ACAUACAUUGGACCAGUGCUUAUUGCGGUAAAUCCAUUUAAAGAGAUGCCUUACUUUUCCGACAAGGAAAUGGAGCUCUAUCAAGGAGCAGCACAGUAUGAAAACGCGCCUCAUAUAUACGCGCUUGCUGAUACUAUGUUCAGGAAUAUGGUGAUUGACAACGAAAGCCAAUGUGUCAUAAUAAGUGGAGAAAGUGGCGCCGGAAAGACGGUUGAAGCGAAAUACAUCAUGGGAUAUAUUUCUCGAAUAUCCGGCGGCGGACAGCGAGUUCAGGUGAGAAGCCUGUAA